AUGGCAGAAGCUAUCUUCGGCGCGGCCCCGGAGCCCAAGACGGAGCUCGGGCGGUACCGCAUCCUGUCGUCCUCGGCGGGCAUCCGCGUGUCGCCGCUCCAGCUGGGCGCCAUGUCCGUGGGCGACGCCUGGUCCAGCUUCAUGGGCUCCAUGUCCAAGGAGCAGUCGUUCAAGCUGCUCGACCACUUCGCGGCCGCGGGCGGCAACUUCAUCGACACGGCCAACAACUACCAGGCGGAGCAGUCGGAGGCGUGGCUCGGCGAGUGGAUGGCGGCGCGCAAGAACCGCGACCAGAUGGUCGUCGCGACAAAGUACACGACCGACUACAAGUCGUACGCGCUGGGCAAGGGCCGCGCGCCCAACCACUGCGGCAACUCGCGCCGCAGCAUGCACGUCAGCGUGCGCGACUCGCUGCGCAAGCUGCAGACGGACUGGAUCGACAUCCUCUACGUCCACUGGUGGGACUUCACCACGUCGGUGCGCGAGAUCAUGGACGCCCUGCACAUUCUCGUCCAGCAGGGCAAGGUGCUGUACCUGGGCGCCUCGGACACGCCCGCCUGGGUCGUGAGCGCCGCCAACGAGUACGCCCUCGCGCACGGCAAGACGCCCUUCAGCAUCUACCAGGGCCGCUGGAACGUCAUGAAGCGCGACUUUGAGCGCGAGAUCAUCCCCCUGGCGCGCCACUACGGCAUGGCCCUCGCGCCCUGGGACGUCCUCGGCGGCGGCAAGUUCCAGACCAAGAAGGCCAUCGAGGAGCGCAAGAAGAAGGGCGAGGGCCUGCGGUCCAUCUUCACGGGCGACCAGAGCGAGGAGGAGAGGCGCGUGAGCGAGGCGCUCGAAAAGGUCGCCCAGGAGCACGGCGUCGAGUCCAUCACGGCCAUUGCGCUCGCGUACGUGAGGGCCAAGGCGCACAACGUGUUUCCCCUGGUCGGCGGCCGCAAGACGGAGCACUUGGACGACAACAUCCGCGCCCUGAGCAUCAAGUUGACGCCGGAGCAGGUCGACUUCCUGGAGGGCGUGACCAACUUUGACAUUGGCUUCCCCAACGACUUUAUUGGGCCGGAUCCCCAUGUGACGGGCAAGUUUACCGGGUUGGCGGCUGCCAAUGCGCCGCUGCAGGUAGAGCUGGAUUCGAAGCCUGUAGGCUUGGCUUGA